UAUGUUCAAUUCCAGGAAUGUUUCCUUCUCUGGUAGAACAACAUCAUUGAAAAAGGAUAUGAUGGGGCGAGGAAAGAUCGAAGUGAAGAAAAUUGAGGACAAAAAGAAUAGAGUGGUGACAUUCUGUAAGAGGCGAACUGGUCUAAUGAAGAAGGCGCGGGAGCUUUCCUUGAUGUGUGAGGCCCAAGUGGGUCUCGUUAUCUUUUCUCAAACCGGCAAACUCUCUCAUUUCUCCAGCCCCAGGGACAUGAAUGUGGUCAUUCAAGAAUAUCAUGAGCAUGUUAAAAGAAGGGGUAAAUUGCCACCCAAAGUCCAGUCAUCAUCUCAGUCAGAAAAGGUGGCAGAAUUGAUGCAAAAGAUACAGGUCACGGAGAAAAUGGUUAGGAAUUUAAAGGGCGAGGAACUUUCUUCUUUGGGUCCUAAUGACUUGGAGCAAGUGGAGCGCCAGAUUCAACUAGGAAUGAAUAGAGUAAGAGCGAGAAAGAACCAACUUGUGGAGGAGAUCCAAAGGACGGCCAAUGACUUGCAAAAAGAUAAUGAUGAACUACACAAAAUGAUGCAGCUCUCUGAAGAGCGGAGAUAUGCAGAGAGAAUUGUCAAUGAUAAUGUUAGAAUGCCAUCAACUGGAAUAGCUAGCAACCUUUGGCAGCAAAACUUUCAACAACCAUGGCAGAGAAAUCAUUCGUUGGUAUGUCUACCUGAGCAGGAGCACCGUCUCACCGUACUGCAAGGAUGGCGGUGAUCCAAACUAUUUAUAUACGAAACAAUGUGGUCAUAUUUCAUUGCAACUAUUUGAUGUAAUAAAGGAAUUAGUUUUAAAUGCUCGAGGAGCCAAAAGGUCAUGGAUAGAUAAUCCUAACGUUUCAAAUAUUUUUUGAUAUCUAUAUAGAAGCUGUUCUUGUUUUAUU